AGCCCCGUGAACCAAUCAAAAACAUCCUCAAAGCACUCUAUAAGAAUCCAUGUUACAUUAAAUAAUAGAAAUUUAUGAAACACAUCUUAAAUAUUUUCACAUUGUUGCUGUAAUAUCACGUAUAUAAAAGGCGCACAUAAUAACAGAGGAAUGAUAUGGUUAUUGAGAUAAACGAUGGGAGAGCAAGUUGUGGCAAUGGAGCCCUCGAAAACUCAACCCAACGGCUAUCCUCCGCCCAAUCCUCCGCCGACGGACCGCCCGGUCCGCGUCUACGCCGACGGGAUCUACGAUCUCUUCCAUUUCGGCCAUGCAAGGUCGCUCGAACAGGCCAAGAAAUCGUUUCCCAACACUCACUUGAUCGUGGGGUGCUGCAACGACGAGAUCACGCACAAAUUCAAAGGCAAGACGGUGAUGACCGAGUCAGAGCGCUACGAGUCUCUGCGUCAUUGCAAAUGGGUGGACGAAGUGGUCCCCGACGCUCCGUGGGUCCUCUCCGAGGAGUUUCUCGAUAAGCAUCGGAUUGAUUACGUUGCGCAUGAUUCGCUCCCGUAUGCUGACGCGAGCGGGGCGGCUAAUGACGUGUACGAUUUCGUGAAAUCGAUAGGGAAGUUCAAGGAGACGCAGAGGACGGAUGGGAUUUCCACGUCGGAUAUUAUAAUGAGGAUUGUGAAGGAUUAUAAUCAGUAUGUGAUUCGGAAUCUGGAUCGGGGGUAUUCUCGGAAGGAUCUUGGGGUUAGUUAUGUCAAGGAGAAGAGAUUGAGGGUGAAUAUGAGUUUGCAGAAGAUACAAGAGAAAGUCAAGGAGCAGCAGGAGAGAGUGGGGGAGAAAGUCAAAACGGUGGCCAAGACGGCGGAGAUGCAUAGGAAUGAGUGGGUGGAGAAUGCGGAUAGGUGGGUGGCGGGGUUCCUGGAGAUUUUUGAGGAGGGGUGUCAUAAGAUGGGGACCGCGAUUCGGGAUCGGAUUCAGGAGAGGCUGAUGGGGCAGCAGGGGGAGGGAUUGAGUGAGAAUGGGAAUGAGGAGGAAAAUGAAGAGUAUUAUGAUGAUGAAGAUGGCGAUGAGGAGGAGGUGUAUUAUGAUGAAGGAGAACAAGAAGAAGAAGUUGCCAAGAAAUAGUUGGUGUAAAAUUUGAUUGAUGUGAUUUUUUUGCCCUCUGUUUCUUGUUUGAGGGAUGACAUUUGGUUUGGUUUGUGGAUUUGAUUAAUUUUAAUUUAACUUUAGAUAUUGUGAAAUCUAGCUUUCUUUUGUUCUUCAUAUGAAGUGGAUCAAUGAAAUUAGAGACUUGUUAGGAAAAAGAAGUGAGUUAAGUUGUGGCUUGCAUAUUAUUGAGGUAUAGAGAAUUUCAUUUUUAUCAA